CAAAUUGUAAAAUAUAUUGCAAUAAGUGUUUAUAUUUCUUUUGUUUCUGUUUUCCCCAAUCACAAUAACAAUUGCAAAAAUUCUGCGCAAAAUCAAAGCCGCAUUCCAACGCAAGAAGCCCCGACACAAGCAGCAGCCACACAGCUGUUGUCACCAAGACGACGACGACGCUGACGUCGCCUGCGAAAAGGAAUUUCUAGCCACAAGCAGAAAUCGGAGCCGAAGCAGUAGAAUCAGCAGCAAAAGCAGAGGAAGCUGUAUUGUCGCCAUGGAAAGCCAUCUGAAUCGCAUGAUCAAUCAGACGCUGCGGCAUCCGCUCAGCGGACAACUCAGCAAAUACACAAAUGUGAUGAAAGGCUGGCAAUAUCGCUGGUUUACGGUGGACGCCAAAUCAGGAUAUCUGAGCUAUUAUUUGUGCGACUCUUCCUCGGUGGGCGAUGACAUUGCACCCUCUCCGCAUGUGCUGGCGAGUGCGCCACGUGGGCAGGUGCAACUGGCUGGAGCUGUUGUCUAUCCCAGUGAUGAGGAUUCGCGCACAUUUUCCAUUGCCUGCGCCUCGGGCGACACGGUUAAACUGAGGGCAAAUGAUGCGCGUGCUCGUCAGGAGUGGGUCGAUGGACUCCGUGCUGUUGUCGAGAGUCACACCAAGGCAAUGGACAUUAGCAACUCCUCACCGCUGCCGGCACGUGAAUUGCUCGCUGCCUCUGAUGCGAUGGUCUCCGCUCGUCAGGCCUUGUUUCUCACCGAGCAGUGCAAUGCCUCGUUGGCUCGUGCCAUUGAGAAUAUUGAUUGUGCUGCCUUCUCGCCCACGGAUCCCGAUCUGCUGCUGCUCAAAGCCAUCUCGACGGCGAGCACGCAGUGUCUGCAUCAAUGCCUCAGCCUCCUGCAGCGCCAUCAGGAGAUUAAUCAGCCCCAGACGGACUUAACGCCACCAGGUCUUGGACUGACAAUUCAAUAGCAGUUUUCCUCCUCUUCCUCCUGUUCCCAAAUCGAAACGUGUAUCAAAUCAAAGCAAUAAAAAAAUGGAUCCGCUGUCAGUACAAA